UUUCAUUGACUUGAUACCUGUCUGCCUGAUAACUGGUGCAGCCUCUUCCUUGGCACCUCUGGCCGUGUUAGACUGUGCGGGUCCCAGUGACUGCCGGCUGCUCAGACUGCCAGAAGCGCCUCCCAGUGACCAGGGAGGUCGGAGAGAGCCCUGGCAGAGAAGCUGGAGGAAGUGUGGGCGCCAUGGCUUGCGUUGUCCGCUCCUGUGCUCCCAAAGAUCUCCAGGACAUUAUGCGUUUAAUUAAGGAGAUCGCCGUCAUUUACAGGGUUCCCUUGAACGAGAUCAGAACCAGCGUGGAAGAGCUGAAGGAUGCUGGAUUUGGGAAGCAGCCCAGGUUCGAGUGUUUUGUGGCCGAGGUCCCCCCCCAGCAAAGAAGCAAGGAAGGUCACACUCUCAUUGGAUAUGUCCUGUCCGUCUACACCUACAGCACCUGGAGAGGAAGAAACCUUUACAUGGACAACCUGUAUGUCAUGCCAGAAUUCAGAGGGAGGCGUAUUGGGAAGAUGCUCAUGGAGAGAGCGGCACAGGCAGCUUGGCAGCAAGGGUGCGCCCAGCUCCGAAUGCAUGUCUCCAGUGAGAAGCCAGAGAAUUUAAGAUUCCUUGGGAAGAAUGGAGGCAAAGAUCUCACCAUCGAAGACGGCUGGAACCUCUUCCGAUUCCAGGAAACGGAGCUACGUGGAAUGGCGGCACAGAGCAAACCUUAGCACUCCUGGGGGAGAGAUUGCCGGACGGGGGGAGGCCCCGGACCUGACAGGAGCAUUCUCGGGGAGGAAGAGCAGCUCGGAAGAUGAGGGUCACUCCAUGCCCAACUCCUGUCUGUUAAAAAUAAAGCUGUUUUCUGAGCUGA